AUGGCUACCGAAACUGUCCCUGCCACCAACGGCACCUAUCACAACCACCACCAGGCCAAUCCUUACCCGGUAGACCCUUAUGCGGCCUCGCACCAGGCCGCCAAUGCCUCGGCUGCACAGUACGCUGCCCAGCCGGCUAAUUCCUCCGCACACGCGCCAGCUUCCUCCAACGACUCCAAGAAUGACAUUCCAAAGGACGAGGUUGGCUGGUUCUUCGUCGAACAGUACUAUACUACCUUGAGCCGUACCCCAGAGAAGCUCCACCUCUUCUACUCGCGGAAGUCCCAGUUUGUCUCUGGAAUUGAAGCCGAGAAGAUCAACGUCGCAGUUGGCCAGCGAUCGAUCAAAGAGCGCAUCGAGGCACUGGACUAUAACAACUGCAAAGUCCGUGUUUUGAACGUAGACUCCCAAGCUUCCUUCGAUAACAUUCUCGUUGUUGUCAUCGGUGAGAUGUCCAACAACCUGGAGGCUCCUCGUAAAUUCGUUCAGACCUUCGUUCUCGCUGAACAGCAGAACGGUUACUACGUCUUGAACGACAUCAUCCGAUAUCUGAACGACGAAGACGAGGAGAUGAUCGCCGAGGACGCUCCAGCCGUUGAGGAGCCCGCAAUUGAGCAGGCUGCUACCAACUCUGCCGCUCCAGCUCCUGAAGCUGCCAUCGAGCGCCAGGCAGACAGCAAAGCAGCUGCUCACGAGGUCGACGAGAUGCUCGAGAAGGAGGCUGUCAAUGGUGAAAUCAAGCCUGAGCAUCUGAAAGAGCAGGAGCCAGAGGCUGCUGCUGAAGAAGAGCAGAAGGAAGAAGUUGCUGAAGAAGAACCAGCCGCCGCCGUUGUUCCCGUCUCCUCUGAUGCCAUCCAGCCUGAGAAGCCAAAGGGCCCAGACCCUUCCCCAGCAAACGCCACCCCCAAGGCCCCUACUCCCGCUCUAGAGAAGAAGGCCACCGCUGGUGCCGAGCACGGUAGGAGACAGCCACGUCAGCAGACUCCAACUCAAGCCGAAGGAGUCCUCGGAUAUGUCAAGAACGUUAACGAGAAAGUCGACGCCAGCCUCCUCCGCCAGACUCUCGCCCGUUUCGGUAAACUGAAGUACUUCGACGUUAACCGUCAACGCAACUGCGCCUUUGUCGAAUUCAACGAUCCAGCAGCCUACAAGGCCGCCGUUGCAGCCAACCCCCACACUAUCGGCAGCGAGCAAAUCACCGUUGAAGAACGUCGACCCCGCGCCAACGCCUACGGUGGUAACGCAGGUUACGCCGGACGCGGAGGCUCUGGCCGUGGCCGUGGUGACCGUACCGGCGGACAGGGCCGAGGCGGUUUCCAGAAGGACUCUGGCCGUUACAACAACCCUUCUACUCGCGGUAGCCGUGGUGGUAGCGCCGCUGGAAGCGGAAACGUCACCCCCAAGGGCCGUGGCCAGCCACAGCCCGUCUAA